ACAGCCAAGCAACUUCUAUGUCCAGAUGGCCGAUUAUCCUUGGUUCAGCCUUCCUGUUGAUUUCUGAUUCUUAUACCCUUGCAUCUAAAUGGCUGCUAUAUUUGGUGGUGUCGCCUUCCAUUCUCUUUGUCGAGGCUGCCCAAUUCGAAUUUUACAGGCAAGGAUUCUGGAACAGCGUCCAUCUAUCAAGUCCCACGAGAACAGAGACAUGUGGGUCCCUUUGAAAGCCAAGAAACGAGUCCGGGGUAGCAAUGGAUGGAAAAAUCACAGGUGCAUUAGCGUGAAUCAUCUCCGCUCGGGAUUUGCAACGGUUGAAAGGGAUCUGGUGGUUGGCGUCCGCCGCUACAGCAUUCUGAGGAUCUUGUGCGGGGAAAUCCUCGAAAGAGAAAUGACCUUUAGCUUCAUUUUUAGCUUCAAGGUUCCUUUCCCCACAUGCGGCCGACUCACGCUCAACGCUAGUGAUAAACUUUGCUAUUCAUACUCGGGUCGAGAUGCUACAUGGAACUGAUUCGUGUCUGGAUCCACACGGGGCCCUAUCGUCGCACAGUCGGACACCACUUUCCUGUUUACUUCCAGCAAAGCUACUGUGUCGGGUGUCUUGAGCUCUUGAUUUCUGCGAUCGGAACAGUUCAUUGCAUCGCUCUCGCGGACAAUCCAUGACUUGGGUUUUCCAUGUCGAUUUCCUAUUACGAUUGA